GGACCCAACCAACCCACCCCGCACCCACCAAAGCUCCCAGCUUUUUCCCCUUCCGUCCGUCGCCGCCGCCGCUCCCGUUCUAGGGUUUCGUCUCCCGAUCCCCGAUCCCCGAUCCGGAUCCAGCAGCAGCAGCAGCAGCGAGCGAGCGAUGGCGGCCGCGGGAGACGCCGGCGAGAAGAAGAUGAUCACGCUCAAGAGCUCGGACGGCGAGGAGUUCGAGGUGGAGGAGGCGGUGGCCAUGGAGUCGCAGACGAUCCGCCACAUGAUCGAGGACGACUGCGCCGACAACGGCAUCCCGCUCCCCAACGUCAACUCCAAGAUCCUCUCCAAGGUCAUCGAGUACUGCAACAAGCACGUCCAGGCCAAGCCCGCCGACGGGGCCGCCGCGGCCGGAGCCGGAGCCUCGGACGCCGCCGCCCCCGCCGCCCCCGCAGAGGACCUCAAGAACUGGGACGCCGAGUUCGUCAAGGUCGACCAGGCCACCCUCUUCGACCUCAUCCUGGCUGCCAACUACCUGAACAUCAAGGGGCUGCUGGACCUAACCUGUCAGACUGUUGCCGACAUGAUCAAGGGCAAGACCCCGGAGGAGAUCCGCAAGACCUUCAACAUCAAGAACGACUUUACGCCCGAGGAGGAGGAGGAGAUCCGCAGGGAGAACCAGUGGGCCUUUGAGUAGAGGAGCAUCUAGGCGAUGCCACCGCCGAGCUGAAAGAACAACGCUUAGUAUUCGUCAUGUCUGUAUUUCAGCGCUCUUCUUUAUGUCUGUCGUAAUGGGUUGUAAUUAUCCUGGAGUCUAUGAGGUGGUGUCGGUGAACAUCUUUGGUCAGUGGUUAUGUUUGCGAGAACAAGAAAAACCUAUCGUGGUCUGUGGUCAUCGCUUGUCAAACUGAAUCUUAAUCGUCAAGUGGAUGCUUUGCUUGGUUACCA